UUUUAAUGAAAAUUGUCAAGCUGUUUGUCUCAGUCUCCGUUUCUUUCUUCGGUUUUUCGUAUAUUAAAUGGCCUUAGAUCUUACUAAAGAACUAUAGUGUAUGUUUUAAUACACGUAGAAUUACUUAGUUUGUAAUAUCAAUAUUUCCAUUCCAGAUUUUGUGUGUGCAAACGUGUUUAAUAAUGCGCUAUUGGAGCUCGUUCAUUUGUGUUUUUAUUACUGGUUCAGGAAAUAGAUUAAGUCGAAUUCAAUUAUGACUAUUGAAAUCACAAUUAAAUGGACUUGUUCCUACGUUAUAAGACAAAUAGAUUAAAGAUAUUUAUGCUAUUUAGAUAAUUCGAAUCUCAGUGGUCUAACUCUGGUGUAUCGAGCUCGGCACGUCACAAUUCACCAGAAAUCUGUCAAGAUCACACUGUCAGUAGGUUACAGCCAUGGAGACGUUACCUGCUACUUCAGGUGACAAUUCAGGAGCAAACCCUAACAGUGUUAAGAGUGAUGAUAGCAGUCCCAGGCCUGACAGCCGCUCAGGCUCACCACCACCAAACUGUGCCAUAUGUCUUGGUACAUGCAAGAAUAAAUCAUUCACAGACUCAUGUUUACAUCAAUUUUGUUUCACAUGCCUUCUUACAUGGAGUAAGGUGAAAGCGGAGUGCCCACUUUGUAAACAAGCAUUCAGAUCUAUUAUACACAAUGUGCGCUCAAACCAUCAAUAUGAAGAAUACUUGGUGGUGCAGAGGCAAACUGAGGAGUCAAGUAGCAGGAUUGACAUUGACAGAGUCACCGCAGCCACUCACAGGUUCAGAUACAGGACUACGCUGACGCUGCCGCGAAGGGAGACGAUAGCAAUCCAGCAGCUGUUACGUCACUACCCGUUCAUGGCGGACGUGUUCCCGCCACCAGCGUCGCGCGUGCAACCCGCUCGUCGCCGCCGCUCCCCCGCCUCCUUCCGACGCACCGUCUACAGACACAACCUCUGGGCCCGUCCUCUCCCCGACUUCACUGGUAGAUUCCGUGAUUGCACACCAGAAUUCUAUAGGUAUAAUGACACACAAAUGCAUCGGUUGGUUCCUUGGCUUAACAGAGAACUGCAUUAUUUGUUGAACGAAAAUGAAGGCCACAUUUCAUACGUUAUGACUCGGAUCCUGGAAUUGUUACCACAACACCACAUCAACUCGCCUGAAUUCAGGGAAGUGAUGCAGCGAUAUUUCGGUGACAGAACUGAACACUUCUUACAUGAACUGUAUUGUUUUGCUUCUACGCCUUACGACAUCACUGGCUAUGAUCGCAAUGUCCAAUAUACCACAGACAGCAGAAUAUCUACGAUGAUAAACGAGGUGAUAUCGAGUACAGACUCUGAGGGCAGUGCAGAUUCCGAUAUUGUGAUGGUUUCAAGUUCAGAACCAGCAGAGCCCCCUGCAGGACCCUCGAGGUUUCCGGCGCCUGUUUACCCAGUCGGAUAUAUACCGAUGCCUUCGACAACCAACAAUGUGAUUCCUAUUGAAACCAUAGGAUCUCAAUCGGACUCUGACGACGACUCUUCCGAAGUAAUGGUCGUAGGCUAUAUUAAACCGCCUCAGGAAAGGACUCCAGAAAUUGUAGAUUUACUAGGAUCCGACAGCGACGUUAUCGUCCAGGACAAUCCACAACCGGAGCCAGAACCCGCGGUAGAGCCGCGCAUGCCAUCUGUGAAAGUGACGCUAAAGCGACACCGCGCGAGGCGUGAGUCUGAGGGUCAGCAGUCAGACAGCUCGGACAGCUCGUACCGGCCGCCACCGCGGCAGCGCCGCCGCCCGCGUCCAGCCUCCGCUUCCACUAGCGAUACAAACCGUUCUACACCUCCCAACGCCUCUAACUGUUCAUCACCCAAUCCUCGAGUCGCUGAUAAUUCCGAAACCGGCGAAACUUCCUGGAAUUUUUAUUCCUCUACAUCCGCCUCAUCCACUAUAUCCACAAAGUCUAGCACGUCGACUACGGACUCCUCCUCGUUCUAUGAAGAUGACGACAGCGACGACUCCAAGUUUCUAGUUAAAAAUAAAUCGAAGAAAAAAUCUAGUAGGGAGGCAACUUCUAGUAGAGAUCGAAGGAAAAGCAAAAAAAAGUCAUCGCGUUCUCAUCACAAAGAUAAAAAGAAUGGCCAGUCUUCAGACAAGGAGAAGAGAAGUAAGAAGUCGUACUCGGGGAAAGGAGUGAAGUCGUCUAAAAAAGCGAGCAGCUCCGUAACCUCGGAACAAACUUUACCCCCCGCCAUAGACGAACCUAGCACUAGCGGCACGAGUGGCACGUCUAUAAAGGAGAAACGUAAAUCAAGCAAAGAACGGAAACGCCAGCGACGCGACAGCCGCGAAAACAGAAGACUGAGAAGUGUUGUUAAUGUUAUGUAUAAUAGUCAUAAUAAAAAUACUGAUGGAUCAAAGUCAAGUGCAAAUCAUACUAAUGGGCCCACAGCAACAAAAAGCAGGUCUGAGGCCGAAUCAACGGCUUCUACUAGCAGCGGGUCACGAGUUCCCGACGUGAGCUCUUUUAACGGUCACAGCGAGCUACCGUCGACGAGUCGUCGACCACCGGACUCCUCGUCGGAUUCCGAAGACAAUUUGCCAUUAAAUCUUACGUUACAGAAACUAGGGCCGCAUUCGUCUUCGUAAUGAAGUGCCGAAUAAACGUCAUAAUUGUGAUAAUUUAUUAAAACGAAAGCAUUAAAAUUUGUGUUACAUCUAAACUAAGUACUGAUUGCGAUUCAGUCUCAUUUUCUUUCCUAAAAGUACUGGAAAAUAAUAAACCAAAGCCUGCGAGGUACUGUUUGUACAAUAACGUGUGUCCUGAAAUUGAAACGAAAAUGUUUAGCAUGUAUGUAAUGGUUAUCCGAAAAUUAUAAUAACUUUGAUGCUACUUCAUCAGUGUCACAUUUAGAUUGAUGCAAAUUCUUGAAGUGAAACACUUGGAAGCUGCAUGUAAUAUUUACACUUAAGCUGCUACAAGCACUACAACAUGACGAUUGUUCCGUUGCAUUAUUUGUAUAUCAUUUAUUUGUACUUUAUUUUUACUCCAAUAUUUUAGUACCAAUUCUGCCAAAAAAUGGUAAAUAUAAUGUAAACAUAAUUUCCCUACUUACUUCAUUAUUUUAAUUUAAUAUACGGGUAUUUAUGUAGAUUAUGGAUGAAUUCAUUUAAUUUAAUAAUCUUUGAUAAAUACAUUUGAACAAUUUAAAAGUUGUGAAUGUUUAAUGUUGUGUAAAUAGUAAAAAUGAUUUUAAUACAAAAUUUACUUCAAUCUUAAUGAAAUCUGGAGUUCGGUCUUGUGAGAGACAAUCGCGGUAUUAUUUAAAAUAGAAUGUAAAGCGGAUGAAAGUGCAUUAAUUGUAGCUUUGCCUUGAAAUUCAUAAAAAAAUGAAGUUCCGAUAUUCGGAUUAGCUACUUAGCCAAGCCUUUACAAUGACAAUGUUGAGAAAUAUUAUUGUUACAAAUGGUCAUAAGACUAACAGAGGCACUGUGUUACUGAUAAAGCCAGAAAAUAAAGUGAUG